CGAAGUCAGAGGCUAAUUCCGCAGUGGGCGUGCCUGAACCUUCGUGGAUAGGGGCACGUAAAUAUAGUUACCCAUACCCAUAAAUUAUUAUUGAUUCGAUUCUUGCAUUCGAUUCUUACAUUCUGUAUUAUUUUUCGAUGAAGACGGACGUCAGCCCUUGCUCUCUCGAUCUGCCCCCCCACCUGGGGGGAUUGCUCAAAUCCUACGGAAUGCUGCUAGAGUACCGGGUAUCGUGCACCGGGUCACGGGCCUCCGUGACCUUGGUGUACGGGGACCCGGUACCACCGAAGAAAGGAAGGUGGAGGAAGAGGAGACGUGCGCCAGCGGCGGCGCAGGGGGAGACAAAACCGGCGGCUAAACCGCCGGCAGCGACUCCGUCUGCUGGACCGCCCAACGCCGCCCAACUGAAGAGGAAGACGAAGAUGGAAAUGGUUUCGGCCCCAGUCAUCAACGUCCCCUCUGCAGGAACCGAGGAAAGUGAUAUGCCGGACUCAGUCUUCUGUACUUCGUCAUAUAUCCGACCCGAUCCGCCUGCCUUUACUUCUGGGCUUCCGGACUUGUCGCCGAUUAAACCGGUGGCAUCCGUUGAGACCCAGGCCCGGAAGACGGCUGUUGUUAAGAGGAAGGCGACCACUCCCCCGAGUGCCACUCCAGCCAAGCCAAGUCGCCCGACUCAACCGCCGAAUCCAGUUGAACAACCAGAGGGACCAUGGACACUGAAGGCCGGCAAACUCCAUCCGCGGUUCCAUCAGCUCAUAAAGAUCAACAUCGAGGACGUGCGCCAGCUCAUUAGUGAGCCGCAACAUAGCGCUUACCUUCCGCUACCGACCGAGUCCGAUGAAGGGGAAUUUGCUGUCCAUCGAGUCCAGGUGGACGUGGAUAUCACCGCAGUUUGCGCUACCGUUCGCCGGAAGGGAAGAUAUAACCAAGCGCUGCUCCUUAAAGAGAUGGACAACCCGUCACUACAUCACGUCCUUAAACUCUUGGCGGGGUCAGAGUACAGUCACAUCGCAAAGUGGAUAGCAGCCUCUCCCUACCGGCGUGAUCUUCCACUACUGGACGCCACCGACUUCAUCGGCUCGCCGUAGCCCCCAACCUCCUAACAACCUUUACCUCCAGCAGACCCGAAUUCCGGACAUAUCUGACGACGGACGCCAGCGCUGGCGGUGACGUCGUGACACAGAUAAAGGAGAAACGUCGACGUCGUCACCAGAACUUCCCUUGCCUUCGCGGC